AUGACGAAAGUUACUUACCCCUCUGAAGAGCCCCUCUUCGAUACAAACCCAAGCGUGAGCAACCAUCAUAGUGAUAAUACUCACAACAAGAACUCGAUGUACAACUCCAACUCCAACCCCAACGGUAUCGGGCUUCAUGACCCCGAUUUCGACGCUCAGGCGAUCCGCGAUGGCGAUGGCCGCAUUACCAUUAGCCUCGAUACCACGGGCUCCCGGCUCGGUGACAUUACCUCGCGCUUCCAAGAAAAGCCUGAGCCUGAGCCUGAGACAGAUAGCGAAGAGCCACCCACAUAUCACCCUUAUACAGUCGCCACGGAGCUAGGACCAGCACCAUACAUGAAUAUUGUGAUUCAAGUUGUCGGAAGCCGUGGUGACGUUCAGCCGUUUCUCGCCCUCGCGCGAGUCUUGAAACAGGUUCAUGGCCAUCACGUGCGGUUAGCUACUCACCCGAAGUUCGAGUCUUUGGUCGAAAAUGCUGGAAUUGAAUUCUUCAGCAUUGGAGGUGAUCCCGCCGAGCUGAUGGAUUAUAUGGUGAACAAUGCAGGACUCAUGCCUGGUGUCGAGGCGCUGUUCAGCGGUGAUAUCGCACGCAAACAGAGGUUCAUGGGCGAGAUUGCAGAGGGUUGUUGGAGAAGUUGCAUCGAGCCAGAUGCGAAGACGGGCAAGCCUUUCAUCGCGGAUGCUAUCAUUGCAAACCCACCCAGUUUUGCACAUGUCCAUUGUGCAGAGAAGCUCGCAGUGCCAUUGCAUUUGAUGUUCACAAUGCCUUGGACUCCAUCUCUCUCCUUCCCACAUCCGCUGGCAAAUAUCCAGCCCACAACGGCCUCCCCCCAAACCAGCAAUCUCAUAUCCUUCCACCUUGUUGAGAUGCUCAUCUGGCAGGGUCUUGGUGAUAUUAUCAACGUCUUCCGCGUCCAAACCUUGGGCUUGGAGCCCCUGUCCUCGCUUUUUGCUCCAGGACUUACAUGGCGGCUCAAGAUCCCCUUCACAUAUGCUUGGAGUCCCGCGCUGCUCGCACGACCAAAGGAAUGGGGUAAUCAUGUUAACAUCAGUGGGUACUUUAACGAUCCUACACAAACAGCCCACGACCCAUCCCCUGAGCUGGCAAAAUUCUUGGAGAGCGGCAAUCCCCCAAUCUAUAUCGGCUUCGGCAGCAUCAAGUUCGACAAUAGCGCUGCAAUCACCCAAAUAAUUCUCGCCGCAGUUGAGCGUAGUGGUGUCCGCGCAAUCAUUUCCCGAGGUUGGGCGAAGCUAGGCUCACAUAUCCUUCCUGACGAGGUCCCCGAAACGGUGCUUUUUGUUGAUGAUACACCACAUCCGUGGCUUUUCCCGCGGUGCAGCGCUGUUGUUCACCAUGGCGGCGCAGGCACCACCACAACAGGGCUGUCAGCGGGGCGUCCAACGGUUGUAGUACCAUUCUUUGGUGAUCAGUGGUUCUGGGGUGAUAUGGUUGCGAGACGAGGCGCUGGCCCGAAACCAAUUCCUUUCAAGCAUGUCACGGUGGACAGCCUAAGUGAAGCGAUCAACUUUGCACUGCGACCUGAGUGUAGCGAAGCCGCCCGAGAAAUCGCAAACGCCAUGCAUCGUGAGAAUGGAUGUGAAGCAGGUGCUGGAUUCUUCCAUGCAGCUUUGCAGAGUCGUGAUAAUCGCUGCGCUGUGUGUCCGGAGCGCAUCGCUUGCUGGAAGAUACGCAAAUCCCCAUCCUCCCGUAGAAAGCCGUUGAGGUCGAAAGCCAGCUCGCAAAACGAUGAUAACAGCGAGAUUAAGCUCAGCGCUCUCACCGCAGCCGUCUUGAUACGCGAAAAUAAAAUUGAUGUUCAGGAUCUCGAACUUCUCCGGGCAAUUGAGUACGACAACUCCACGGCCAACGCCCCCUGGGACCCCGUCUCCAGUCUUCUGGCUAAUACCACGACCACGGUAUCUGAUAUUCUCAAGGGCGUUGCUGCGGGGCCUAGAGAAGCAUACAAACAAGUCAAUGCCUCCAAAGAGCGCGCAAAAGCGCAACGAAGCAACGCUGGCGGUGACAGUAGUAUGCAGACCUCGUGGGAUGAACGAACUCUUGGCACUGAAACAAGCAGCCAAAACGGUGAUGAGAAGUCCGAAAAAGGCUCGAUUUCCGCAGGAAUCACAAAUCCAUCUGUCUCCGAUCAUGCAACACCAAGAACUUCAUCCUCGUCUAUGAACGCUGCUGGUGCCGUAGCUUUAGAGUCUACCAAAGGAGUCGGUCGUAUCAUGUCUGCCGGUCUCAAAACCCCUGUAACCUUUACAAACGGUCUCGCUCGUGGCUUCCACAAUGUCCCCAACCUCUAUAACGAUGACACCGUUCGCCCCGAAGCCAAAAUCGACGGUGUGAAGAGUGGCUUAGUUGCAGCUGGGAAAGGAUUCGGCCACGGCCUCUAUGACGGGCUGACAGGCCUUGUGACACAGCCCUACAACGGCGCUAAGAAAGAUGGAGCGGUAGGCUUCCUCAAAGGCGUUGGUAAGGGUCUUGGAGGCGUUGUGUUCAAGCCUAGUGCCGGCGCCUGUGGUGUCCCUGGGUAUGCCUUUAUGGGGGUGUAUAAGUCGCUUAUGAAGCUUCGAAAAGGGGACGAGAUUACUCUGGAUGAAUAUCUUGCUGCGUCGAGGAUUGCACAAGGAGAGGAAGAGGUAGCCGCACUGGGCAGCAAGGACUGGGAGGAUAUUGUGGGGCGGUGGGGUGUGGAAGUUGCGACCGGGCGAGCAAGCGGACUGAGUGGACCGAGUGAGGAGAAACUGAAACCGCAAGGGACGGGAAUGAGCAACCGGUCGUUUAGGAGUGAGAAGUCGAAGGAGAGUAUGAACGAUGAGAAGGGAUCUAAGACCGGUGAUAGAAAAGAAUGGGAGGAGUAUGAGUAUUUUGAUAAUGCUACCGCUGUGGCACCCUCGACUCCUGCACCGACGAGGAACAUCACUGGGGCAAGUGGUGAUAGUAUGUUAACCGAACAGCAGACUGGAGUCAUUGAGCAAGCAAGGCAGGAAUUGCCAGUGAAGCAAGUGUCCAAAGAUGUAUAA